CACGGUUUUCACAUGGGCUGGGGUGGUCUCACAGGCUGCCUGGUGUUUUCUGUUUCUCGUGAAGGCUUUUGGGAGAUCCCUGCCCCGUGAGACCGCUGGUGCCGUGCGUGUGAGAUGUGUGAGGGAACAUUCCUUAAGCGGAGAAUCCCGGUCCUGAAGUUUAUUGGCACUGCUUUUUGAGGUUUGUUUUAAAACUGAGUUUUCCCAGCCUUUCUACAAUCAGAGUACUGAUGUUGUGUUCUCUUAUUUGUAGUUGUACAGAAGUAUGGGAAGCCGCGUGGAUUUUUUUUUUUUUUUUGUGUGUGUGUUUAGGAAUAAUUUGAGUUAGAUCAUACCUCACCCUAUGGCAUUUGGUUACAAGUAUGAUUCUUGUCCUAACUUGCUUUUUAGAUUCAAGAAGAUUUUCAGAAGCUUAAAAUGGAAAAAAACAACUUGAAAGGAAAUGCAGAAGCCGUGGAUAUUUGUGACCUCAGAAAAGCAACUGGAAGGACUGAACUUGGGCUAAAAAAACAUGCUGGAAAUUAUUUAACUGUUAAAAAUGGCCAAGAGUUAACUCUUUCUUCAGCUGGUAAUAAAGAAGGAAAUUCCAGAGAGCCCCCGAAGUGGAAUCUUCCCUUUGGUGCCUGCCAGCAGCAGCUGCUUUUGCCACGAGUCGAGGCCAGGACUGUGCAGAGGUGCAGCAGAUCAGCCCCACGUGUGUGCCAGGGCUCUCAGCAGCAGGUGGAAAUGGAUUUUAAAAUUAUGCUUGACCCAGAGAACAUGGAUAAUAAAGCUGGUUUAAAACAUCCCAAUGAGGAGACCAGGCUGCCACUUAUAACUAAGAAAAAAUCUGCUCCUAAUUCUUUCUCCUUCCUAACUGGGAUUGUUCAGAAGUGUCAUCUUCUUGUAGGUGCCCUGAGCCUCAGUGGCCACAGGCUCAUCCUUCCAGCAGCAGAGAGAGCUCUGCCAGCCCCUCCUGGAGUGUCCAGAGCAGCACCUUGCCCUGAAUUCCCCAGGCAGCACAAGGAACCAGCUCUAGGAGAGAUCAGUAGCAGGCUGGCCCCUGAGAACACAGGCACCAUCACCUUCCCAAAGCCAAAGGAAGCAAUUUAUGGCACACGUUCUUCUGGUAGAGGGAACAUUGCACCACUCCCAUCCAGCAAUUCCACGGUUUCAACAAGGAAAUCAAAGCCAGAGUGGAGAUCUCCAGGCCAGCAGUUGGAAUCUGAGGUGCACAUUCCCCCUCAGCCACAGCCCCCACAAACAGCUCAGCCCUUCCAGGAUCCCUGCUUGGACCGGGUUCACCAGAAAGCUCCAGUUUUUUUGGCACUCCAACACCACCAUCAUCCCUCUUGGGGGAGCACUGUGGGGUUUGUAGAACCCGCAGAAAACCUCCUCAAAGACCACACCCUCCCUUCAAUCGCGCAAAAACCCGCACAAAUCUCCUCGGAGUUGAAGUUCAAAGAGAAUCGCGUCAAAAACGCUGCUUUGUCAGUGAUAAAGAAGCAGUCGGGUGUGGAGGAGCUCCCGACCCGAGCUGGCCGGAGCUGCGGGGGCAGCGCCGGGGCUGCUGCAGAGGUGCGGGGGCAGCGGGCGGCAGCCGGGACCUGCUCUUGCUGCCGCUGCUGGCAUCACCUGGCGCGGCUCAGGAGCGCCCUGCGGGAAGCACGCCGCAGCCACCUGGAGAAUUUCUACAGCAGGGCCAAGCAUCUGGCAGCCAACUGGAAUCGCAUCAGGACCUCCAGGAGGACUAUUAUCCAUAUCCCAUCAUUAGAGCUGGUCCUGGGGAGCACAAGGUGAGUGAUCCCAGCUCCUUUUCUUCCUUCCCCUUCCUGAUAUUCCCAACACAUCCGUGAGCACAUCCCUGAUCUUGCUCUCCAGCAGAACCUGCAGAUGGGGAGGCUCUGUGACAUCCUGGAUGCCAACGUGGACGUCAUCUACAUCUGCCCCCUUGCUCUGAGUGAGGAGUUGGUGCAGUAUUACAAUAAACUCCUGGGUCUGCAGGCAGCUGUUAGAUCUGGGAACCCCGAGGACAUGGCUGACCUGCAGGACAGGUUCAAAAUUCUCACCCCUGAAGCUAUAAACAGCUUCCCUGAUCAUCACUUGUGCCUGGCCACUGUGCUCAGGUACAGCCCCAGGACCAUGCAGAGGCUGCAGGCUCUGCUCCAGGGCAGGGAUGCCUACAUGGUUGGAGGAGUUCCCCACCUGGAUGAUUUGGCUGUGGCUGACCAGCUCCAGGUGCCACUUUUGGGCUCAGAGCCAGCAGUGGCUCAGCUCUACAGCACCAAAUCUGGCAGCAAGAGAAUCUUUGCCAGUGCUGGAGUGCCAACCCCUCCUGGAGAGGGGGACAUCCACAGCAGGGAGCAGCUCCUGCGCGCUCUCAGCCGCCUGGUCCUGGAGCACUCCGAGGUGCAGCGCUGGCUCUUCAAGGUGGAUGAUGAGCGGGGAGGAGAUGGCACUGCCUUCUGUGAUGUCAUUUCCCACCUGGAAUGCUACCCCUGCAUCCUCAGGGAAUGCCAGGGACACGGCCCCGAGGUGUGCAGGGACAGCCCGGCUCGCGAGCUAGCUUUGGUGAAGAUCUCCCAGGAGCUGCCGGGCCUUUUAGCACAGCACGUACAGCCAGUCAAUGAGAAACGAUUCCCUACAUGGGAAAAAUUCCUCCAAACAUUUCUUACUCAAGGUGGAGUGAUCGAAGCCUUCCCGUUCUCCGCCAGUGUCACCAACCUGACGGUGGAUCUGCUGAUAGAGCCAACAGGGGAGGUGACCCUGGUGUCAUCUGGGGAUCAGCUCCACGCUGAGGGGCCGCUCAGAUCUUCUGGCACCACCAUCCCACAGCGUUCCGUGGAUCCAGAGGUUCUUCAAGUCCUCUGCUUCAAAAUCGGGGAGGCCUGUAAGUCCAAAGGAGUGCUCGGCUACUUCUCCGUGGACUUUGUGGCUUUCACCCAUCCCCAAACGAGGGAGCAGCAGGUGUGGGCAACAGACCUUGACCUUUGCUACAGUGACCAGCUGGCCCUGACUCAGCUCCUGUUGUACAUGACAGAUGGAAAUCUGGAUUGUGGCUCCAGCCCCCUGCAGGGACCUCUGGGAUCAAAGGAAAGCAAAAUCCAACCCAAGGGGACAAAACCUCCUGUCCCCAGCAGCCCCCGGUGCGCCGUGGCCAGCAGCCAGCUGAGGCACUCCAGCCUCGCAGGGAUCUCCUACAGCCUCCUCCUCCACACCUGUGAAACUCGGGGGGUUGGAUUUGACCUCCAGGAAAAACAGGGAACAGUUUUUGUGUUGUAUGAAGACCAGAAGCGACACAGCCUGGGAAUGAUAACAAUCGGAGACGAUCUCCAGGGGGUCCUGCUGACCUUUGCUCGCAAUCUCUUCAUCAUCCAUCAAGAAAUAUCAGCACCUAAUAUGCAAGGCGAGACCAAUUUUAAGAUGGCAAUUAGAGAUAUUGAAGCAAUCCUAGGAGUUACAGCAGAAAACAAGCUGAGAUUGGAAGAAGAGCAACCUUGGGAAGCAGAUGCUCUGAAGGAAUAG